AUGACCGUCAGCUACCAGUCGAAGGUGUCGUCGUCGAGCAGCGCGGGUUUCACCAAACUGCUGUUCCUGUGGCGGGGAAGUCUGUACCAAGUACUGUACAGGGAACUGCUGCUGUUCAUGGUGGCGUUCGUCAUCAUCAGCGCCCUGUACCGGAACGCGUUCACCGUCGCGCAAAAAGAAAUAUUUGAAAAAAUAGUUCGAUAUUGUGAUGCCUUUAUUAGUCAAUUACCAUUAUCAUUCAUCUUAGGAUUUUAUGUGACAUAUGUGGCCAAAAGAUGGUGGAACCAAUACUUGGCGAUCCCGUGGCCCGACAGAGCGAUGCAUGUGAUAUCAAUGUACGUAGAGGGCAAUGACGAUUACGGUUGUAUGAUUCGAAGAUCGUUAAUGAGAUAUUUGAUUUUGACAUUGAUUUUGGUAUUGCGUUCCAUCAGUUCACCGGUGAAAAAACGUUUUCCGACAUUGGAGCACGUCGCUGAGUCAGGCUACAUGACCGCCGACGAGAUAGAAGUAUUUUAUUCACUCCCCAAGGUAGAAUUUAAUACUUAUUGGGUGCCUUGCACUUGGUUCAUCAGUCUGUUGAAAGAGGCCAGAAAAUCUAAGCGAAUUGAAGAUUCCGAAGGAGUCAAACUGAUAAUGCAGGAAUUUAUCGACUUCAGAUCAAAAUGUGGUUAUUUGUGGAGUUACGAUUGGAUCAGCAUACCGUUAGCGUAUACACAGGUUGUUACAAUUGCAACGUAUUCGUUUUUCAUUACUGCCGUUGUCGGGAGGCAAUACGUGGAAGGAUCAAACAAAAUGCUGCAAACAGAACUUGACGUGUAUAUACCGGUGUUUACAAUUGUACAGUUUUUAUUCUUUAUGGGACUUUUAAAGGUAGCUGAACAAUUAAUAAAUCCUUUUGGUGAUGACGAAGAAGAUUUUGAAUUAAAUUACUUAAUCGAUAGACACACAAAGGCAUCCUUUUUGGCGGUAGAUUACCUUGCUAAAAUAAAAAUUCCUCUGGUCAAAGAUAUUUACUUCAACGAGUUAGAAGUAUCAAUUCCUUACACCAGUGCAUCUGCACCGUUCAAGAAAAAAUCGCAUAGAGGAUCAGUUCACCAUAUGCCUGUUCCUGAAGACCAACAUAUGAUGUUCUUACCCGAAAUCAUAGAAGAGGCAGACCCGGACCAGACGAAAACCAGAAGGACCUCAAUAUGUUCGAACAAGAGUGAAGGAAGAAUCAACUCAAAUUGCAGAGAGAAAUUCAAUGAUUCCUUUGGCAUUAUGCAGGUAGUGCAACAGCGGUCAUCGUUGAACGGCUGUGGCGAAGUUGGUGGAUUUUGCGGCGGAGGACCGAAUUCAAACGCGCCGACCAAGCGCGGGGGCGGUGGUGGUUUCAAACAGUUAGCUCAACGGAAGUCGGAUGCCACACAGCCGGUAGUGCUGGUGUCGAUGACCCGGCGACCGAGCUACAAUUCGGGACAGUGGAAGCCGUUCAAAUGGAGAUCGUCGGACAGCAGCGAACAGCGACGCGCUUCCGUCGGAGGCGGUUCCGGGCACUCGGAACAGCAUCAGCAGACGAAUGUGGACCUGCAGAAAGGUGUCCGAUCGGAAACAGUGGCGGCGGCGGCGUCAGUAGUACCGGAAGGGCGCGUCAACGCGGCGUACGUACCGGACACACUGCACAACGACGUGUGAUCAGUGCCUGCCGGACCGAAGUCUCCAAAAGCCACGGGAUGCAACUACUAAAACAUUGGAGGUCCCUCUAAAAAGUUACUAUUUAUAAGUCAUAUCGCACGAUACAUUAAUUAAAUUUCUUUCUAGUAUUUGAUAAAAGUGAAGAGAUAUAUUUAAAAAAUAAAACAUUUCUACUACGGGCACCUACCCGGUGACUCGUGUAUUUCGUUAUUAAAUCGAGUCCCGCGUAGAAAUAAAACCUAGUCCUAUAAGUGGUCUAAAAUAAACGGGUGCGAGUAAUUUCUUAAAAUACUAUUUUUCUCGACCAUUAGCCCUAAGGUUCCGAUGCAUUAUACACCCCUGCUAAAUCCGGUAUUGCGUGUUAUGCUCAUUACUCAACAGCGGCGUCUUUGUGAAGGUUAGUCGUCGGGUUUUUUGGUACCAGAUCCCCCCUCCUCGCCACGCCACAAUUUAAUAACUCCGAUUCCGGUUACACCUUGAAAAUAUAUAAUAUAAUAGUUAUUUCUGUAACAUAAACGGGUAACCGCAUUAUCGCACGGCGGGUCAUUUACCAACCCUUUUUACAAAUCCACAAGUUUCUCACAUGUAUAUUUUGUAUUAAAAAAAUAAAAUUUAAUGAGUUUUUUAUGGAAAGUUCUACAUCUAAUAGGUUUACUAAUUAAAUUAAAAUAAGCAUAAAUAUUUGUUUCCUAAUUAAUAUACAUUGUAAUUGUAAUGAUAAAUAUAAACAUGAUUCAAUACGUAAAUUAUUGUUAGUUUUGUCUAACUAGAUCUGGGAUUUGUUCCACUGUGUGGUGUUAAGAAUUAAGAUUAUCAUUGAUCCUCCUCCAUCCUAUGUCUUGCCACCCCAUUAUAAAUCUCAGCGGUGUGGAUGCGGGAUUGAGAGAGUGUUCUUGUAUACAAAAUCUUAAUAUGAUUAUUAUAGUCCGAUCCCCAACUUUUUAGCACUAAAAAAUCUUAAAUACUACACCACAUACACUAUAAUGUGCGUUUAAUAACUUUUUUAUAUCAAAUUCGAAUGUUUAGUAAAAUGAAAUAAAGUCCUUUUAAGAAACGUUAAAUCGUAUACAUUUUUAUUCUCAGGGAAUUGACUUAAAUUAAAACUUUACAAAAUAAAUCUUUUUAAAAAGAUCGUUAGAUCGAAUUCUUUCAUUUUAAACCAACAAAAUUUCAUUAAAAUUCAAAAAUAUCCUGCUAUAUAGAAAAUAGUGUAUAGGUACGUUUAUUUUAGGAGAGACUGGUUACGUAUUCGCGUUGAUAAUUUAUUCGAAUUGUUUGUAGUCCAAUUUUAGACGUAAUCUCCUCGCCAAUUGUAAUUGAGUAUAAUUAUUGUUUAUUCCAAUUUAUCGUUAGAUAUUGCAUUAAAUUAUAACAUCUUUUAUAUCAUCCUUUUUAUAAUAUCCAUUAUAAAGAAUAAAGAUACCUUCCGUUUAUCAGUUACCAAUUAAAUCUUCGAGAAAGCAUGUAUACAGGGUGAAGAGUUUCGAUGAGCGGAGUGGAGUGGUACGGGGUUACCCCGCAAAAUGUUUGUUCACUACUCCGCUUGUCUAAACUUUAAAUAAGUAUAACUCAUAAACUACUCGCUCCAAAUUCGA